ACCUCAGUGUUUAAAAUGUUUUGAAACGAGUUUCGUCCGCUUUUCCAGUUGCAGAAUAAUGGUGCUAGAAAGGUUUACCAUAUUUUUGGAUAAUGUCGAUGCUACAUACUUUCCUGGACAACAAAUUACAGGCAAGGUCCACGUCUGGAACAAUUUGCCAAAAAAUGUAAGAGGUAUUUACGUUGAGUGCCGGGGUUUUGCCCGAGUGUCUUUCUCUACAAUUGAACAACGUUCCCGAACGGUUCGUCGACGUGGGCGAUCUCAUUUGGAGGUCACCAAUGCUUCGGUAAAUCACACGUCCAACGAAGAAUAUUUUUAUCAAAGAAUCGCUCUUAAAGAAGGAGGUAACGACCAUUGGGAGAUGAAUCAAGGUAGACAUCAGUAUCCAUUUUCUUUCACGCUCCCGAACGAAAUUCCGUCAUCGUUUGAAGGAAUCCACGGUUACGUCCGCUACACGAUUCGGGCAGUUUUCCAAAGACGUCGCAAAUGGAACCACGAGUGCAAAAUGGCUUUCACCGUCAACUCCAUUAUGGAUCUUAACACAAUUGCAGAAGCAUCUAUGCCGAUAGAAGCCUCCGACUAUAAAACAUUGGGGUUGUUUUGUUGCCAAUCAAACCCAAUAACGGCAAGGUUUUCGCUGGAUCGUAUGGGGUAUGUUCCCGGAGAGAAAAUUUAUUUUAAUGCGGAAGUCGAAAACUUGAGUCGCCAGGUUAUGCAUGGAUCAAAAUUUCAAUUAAUCGAGCGAACUAGUUUCCAUGCAGUGGGUAAAACUGAGUCUUGUGAGCGAGUCAUCCGCGAAUUCUCACGGGGACAAUUUGCUACCUCGGAAUUUUGGGAAAACCAUCCCAUAUCCGUUCCUCCUGUCGUCUCUUCUGAGCUCCGCUGUUGUAAAAUCAUCGAUGUCGAUUAUAGAAUUGUGUUUACUGUGGAUCCUGGGACGUUUUCGUUCAAUUUGAGCAUUUCCCAUGGUGUCAUUAUUGGAAACGUCCCUCUGCGUAGUUCCUUUCCUGAUUUUCAACGAAACGGACGGCAAUUAAACGCCGCCGCUGCGAAUGUGUCCAUGCUAGAAAAUAAUGACAAUCCUUUCGAAGCCAAUCCAGCCGGCACCAACAUGGUUACGGAUUAUUAUCCAGAUCUCCCUCCUCCAACCUACGAAGAAUGCAUGUUUGGUGGAAAUAUCAGGGAUGCCGAAGAUUCUGAGCAUGUCAACUAUGGAGCCGGAAUUUCCUACAAUCCUCGUUAUUUAACCUACGGACAAACUUUCUCUUGAAAUUGCAGCACUUAACAACGGUCAAGUGCGGUGGGGAUAAGUAUCCUUAAAACAAAUAAUAAAGGAUUCAACAUUAAUUCGUAACAAACCUAUUACUUGUAUUCAGCUGAACUAAUGUUACUUUUUAAUAUAUAAUAAUGCAUAUUACAUGUAACAAUACAAAUUGAUAACGAA